AUGUGUCACAAAAUUUUAAAUUAUCAUUUUAUGUUAAGUUUAUUAAUACAAUUGUUUCUUUGGGUUACAAUUAUAAAUGGACAAUUUAUACCAGGACCUCGAUCAGGUCACACGGCAACUCUCAUCGGAGAUAAAAUAUAUUUUAUCGGAGGAUAUAAUUUUUCAAUUUCACCUAAAGAAAGUGAUGUAUUUUAUUAUGAUGGAAAUAAACUAGCAUGGGUAGAGGUGAAUAGUCAAGUUAGUGGUCAAGAUGCAGAUAUGCCAUUUCAAUUAGGACAUACAGCUAAUAUAGGAGGACUUAAACAAGAUUUGAUUUUUUUUAUAGGAGGUGGCCGAUUUCCAAUAAUAUAUCAACUUGAUACUAAAACAAAUAAAAUUACUUCACCAAUAAUUCUGGGAGAUUUUCCAAGUCGUGAUAACUUAAUGUUUAUGAGUUCUGUUAGUAGUUAUGAAGGGAAAAUUUAUUUGUUUGGUGGAGGAAAAAUUGAAACUGAUAUAAUUACUUUGUAUAGUAAUCAUUAUAUUUUUAAUACUAAAAAUUUGAAUUGGGAAGAUGGUAGCUUAGUUGGUGCUCCUCCAGCCAGAUAUAAGCACACAGCAACAUUAGUUAAUGAAAUUAUAUAUUAUAUUGGUGGUAUACAAAUAAAUAAUUCUUAUGUUUCUUAUCCUUCAAUGUCCGAUAUUUAUCGAUAUAGUACUAUAUCAAAUACAUGGUCUUUAGAGGUAGUUACGUUGGCUCCAGGAAAUACUCCAGGGCGUAGACUUGGCCAUUCAGCUGUUUUGGUUGAAGGCAAAAUUUGUAUAUUUGGGGGAAGUUUCAAUAAUUCAUCACCUAUAGAAUCAAUCGCUAUGUUGGAUACUAGCACCUUAGAAUGGUCAAUACCACAUUUUAAAAAUCCAAGGAGACCAAAUAUGCCAACUUUACCAAACCUAGUUUAUCACACUGCCACAUUAAUAGAUAAACGCAUGUUAGUUGCUUUCGGAAAUGAUACGGAUAAUCCGGUUAAUGGAUAUAAGGGAUUAAAUAAUAAUUUUUAUAUAUUUGACUUUAAUAAUAAUGAAUGGUACAUUUCAACAGCAGAUGAACUUAUGAAUCCAUCUUCUAAUAUCCCAAAGUUAUUUUCUUCCAGUACUAGUGCAGGAAUAUCAUCGAAUAGAUCAGCAAUUAUUGGUUCAUCAGUUGGAAUAGUUCUGGGUGUAUUAGUAUUAAUAGUCGGAAUAUUAAUAUUUGUAUAUUAUAGGCGUAAGAAAAAUCAAAGUAAAGGAGAUGUCGGCUAUCUAGCAGAUGAUUCAAAUAUUUCUUAUGAUAAAUUUUCAUUCAGUCAACGAUCAACUUUAUAUUUAAGCCAACCAUCAAUGCAAUGUCAAUUUACACCUGAACAAUGUAUCUCAAAUAUUAAUAAUUUAACUUAGCCUUAAGGAAAUCUCGG